AAACAUUUGCUCCUCCACAUUUCAAAAUUCCAUUCCAAAUAGCUCUUGUAAAUUUUCUAAGUACACAAACAGAAAUUUCUUUCUCUUCCCGAAAAAAAAAUCAAAAGAAAAAAUCAAAACAGAAAUUGAAAAAUGGCGAUGAAUAUUACACAUCAGAUCGGAUCUCUCGCCGGAACUCCGAUGACGACGGAGUCAAUUACACCAACGGCAGCAAGUGAUACCACGACGGUUAGCGCAGUUUGGAAAACACAAAUGCCAAACAUUAAGAUUCAAAAGUCGGAAAUAAUCGAGCAAAAAUCACAACCGACGAGCCCAUGCAGGUCGCCGAUAUUCAGCGGCAUGCGUGCAGAUCUAUCCGUAGCGUGUCGUGCGUAUGCUGACGUGGCGGAAUUAGAGCCGUCGGUAGAGGAGAGGUUGUAUAGAGACGGAGGUGUAACGGAGGGACGUAAGGGAGUGCCGGUGUAUGUGAUGAUGCCGUUAGAUAGUGUAACGAUGAAUAACACCGUUAAUAGACGGAAGGCGAUGAACGCGAGUUUACAGGCGUUGAAAAGCGCGGGAGUUGAGGGGAUAAUGAUGGACGUUUGGUGGGGAUUGGUGGAGAGAGAAAAUCCUGGUGUGUAUAACUGGGGUGGGUAUUCUGAGCUUUUGGAAAUGGCUAAACGACACGGUCUUAAGGUUCAAGCUGUUAUGUCGUUUCAUCAGUGUGGAGGAAACGUUGGUGAUUCUUGCACCAUUCCGUUACCUAAGUGGGCUGUGGAGGAAAUGGAAAGAGAUCCAGACCUUGCAUAUACCGAUCAGUGGGGAAGAAGAAACUAUGAGUAUGUAUCUUUAGGGUGUGACACUCUUCCAGUUUUAAAGGGGAGGACACCCGUGCAAUGUUACUCUGAUUUUAUGCGGGCUUUUAGAGACAACUUCAAGCACCUUCUUGGUGAUACCGUUGUGGAGAUUCAAGUUGGGAUGGGGCCAGCUGGUGAGCUUCGCUAUCCGUCAUAUCCUGAACAAAAUGGAACAUGGAGGUUUCCAGGAAUCGGAGCUUUCCAAUGUUAUGACAAGUAUAUGCUCAGCAGCCUGCAAGCUGCAGCUGAAGCUGAUGGAAAGCCUGAAUGGGGUAGCACAGGCCCUAGGGAUGCUGGUGAAUACAACAACUGGCCUGAAGAUACUCAGUUUUUCAAAAAAGACGGCGGUGGUUGGACUAGUCCUUACGGUGAAUUCUUCCUCAAUUGGUACUCGCAGAUGCUCCUAGAUCAUGGCGAGAGAAUAGUGUCAUCAGCCACAGCCAUCUUUGAAAACACGGGGGUAAAAAUUUCAGUAAAAGUUGCAGGGAUUCACUGGCACUAUGGGACAAGGUCUCACGCACCAGAGCUCACAGCUGGAUACUAUAACACUAGAUACCGAGAUGGUUACCUUCCUAUUGCUCAAAUGUUAGGACGCCACGGUGCGAUUUUCAACUUCACUUGUAUUGAAAUGCGUGAUCACGAGCAGCCUCAGGAUGCUCUUUGUGCACCUGAGAAGCUUGUGAGGCAAGUGGCUUUAGCAACUCAAGAAGCAAAGGUUCCACUUGCUGGCGAAAAUGCUCUGCCACGAUACGAUGAGUCCGCCCACGAGCAGAUCUUGCAGGCAUCAUCGUUGAGUAUCAAUGGCGAUUCGGGUGAUCAAGAGAUGUGUGCUUUUACGUAUUUGAGGAUGAAUCCUCAUUUAUUUCAGGAAGACAACUGGAGGCGGUUUGUGGCGUUUAUUAAGAAGAUGAAGGAAGGGAAGAACAGUGAUCGGUGUAGAGAGCAGGUCGAGCGUGAGGCUGAGCAUUUUGUUCAUGUGAGUCAGCCAUUAGUUCAGGAGGCUGCAGUGGCACUAAUGCAUUAAGAAUAAUAAUAGCUACCUUUUUAACGCUGUAGCUAGCUCUAGAAAUGUGCUAUGAGCACCGAUAAAGAGCAAAAAAAUGUAAAACUAGGGGAUAUAUCAAAAUGUAUAAUGUUGUACUAUAAUAAAAGAAUUCAGGAAA